AUGAACUUGAUUUUCAGGUUCCAGUCCAAGGGUUCGCUGGACAAGGACAGACAGAACGGAACGACGGUGGACGACGGUGAGAAAACUAUGAACGCGGUGGAUAACGCCGGCUUCUUGGCAGCUUCCUACGGGAGCGACGGCGCCAUGCGGGAAGGAAGCAAUGGACAUUACGACGUGAACGGGGCGACGAUGGUGGGCAAAGGUUAUGACGAGAACGAGUUGUGGCUUUCGCACAGCGGUGACUACCGUCUUCAGAACCCGUCAGCUUACGGCGGUUACCAGGAGACCUUCGACAGUGGCUACGGCCACUACGGUCAAUUUGCGCCUUCUUAUGAUCCAGCUGGCUUGUACUCUGAUAUUUACCGCCAGAACAUGGUGGACAUGAACCCGGCCGGUGGCCAGUCGAUCGGCCGAGACGGCUCCGUUCAUUCGUCGUUUUCGACCCCCUCGCAGCAGAAGCGGGUCAUAAGGGAAAUCAUCGUUUAG